AUGGGGCGGCGGGCGGGCUGCCCAGCCCCGCUCUGCCUCCUCCUCCUCCUCCUCCUGCUCCAGAGCGGGCACCGGCUGUGCCAGCGAGCAACGCCAUGCCAGCCUGGCUUCACCGCCGAGACCUUCGCCCUGACCGUGCCGCGGGACAGCGUGGCAGCAGGACGGGCCCUGGGACGAGUGAGCUUUGCGGACUGUGGAGAGCCGCACUGGGCCGCUUUCCUCCCGGAUGACUCGCGCUUCAAGGUGAGCCGGGAUGGCGUUGUUUCUGCGGCCCGGCCCCUGCAGCUCCAGCGGCGGGAGAUCACCUUCACCGUGCACACGUGGGACACCGCAGGCAAGAGGCACUCAGCCAAGGUGACCCUGCGCCGGCAGUGGCACCAGCACCACCGACACCACAACCAGAUGCAGCAGGACACAGCACCUGACGUGCUGACCUUCCCGGAGCACAGACACGGCCUCCGGCGGCAGAAGAGGGACUGGGUCAUUCCCCCUAUCAACUGCCCCGAAAACGAGCGGGGGCCCUUCCCCAAGAAGCUGGUGCAGAUCAAAUCCAACAAGGACAAGGAGACCAAGGUUUUCUACAGCAUCACAGGGCAGGGAGCGGACACCAUCCCUGUGGGCGUCUUCAUCAUUGAGCGGGAGACAGGGUGGCUGGAGGUGACGAAGCCUCUGGACCGGGAGGAGAAGGAUAAGUACAUACUCUACUCCCAUGCUGUGUCAGCCAAUGGGCAGCCUGUGGAAGACCCCAUGGAGAUCAUCAUCACCGUCACUGACCAGAAUGACAACCGACCCGUCUUUACCCAGCAAGUCUUUGUUGGCUACAUCGAGGAGAACGCCAAGCCGGGCACAUCCGUGAUGACUGUGAGUGCCACGGAUGCAGAUGAUGCGGUCAACGUGAACAACGGCAUUAUCAGCUACUCCAUCCUCAGCGAGGAGCCCAAGGGCAUGCAGGAGAUGUUCACCAUCAACCCUGAGAAGGGCAUCAUCAGCGUCAUCGGCACAGGGCUGGACCGGGAGACCACUCCCAACUACACACUGAUCAUCCAGGCUGCAGACCAGGAGGGCUUUGGCCUGACCAACACUGCCACUGCCAUCAUCAAAGUCACUGACACCAAUGACAACCCUCCUGUCUUCGACCCUGACAUGUAUGAGGGGUCAGUGGAUGAGAAUGACCCUGGGGUGGUGGUGGCUCAGCUGCACGUGACGGACCAAGACAUGCCGGGCUCCCCGGCCUGGAAGGCCGUCUACCGCAUCCAGAGUGGGGACCCGAUGGGUGACUUCAACAUCACCACUGACCCCAAAACCAAUGAUGGGCUCCUGAAAACCGCCAAGGGCCUGGAUUAUGAGACCCAGCAGCAGUACCACCUUGUGGUGGUGGUGGAGAAUGAGGUCCCCUUCUCCGUGCCCCUGAGGCCUGCCACAGCCAGUGUCCUGGUGACAGUCAGGGAUGUGAACGAGCCCCCCAUCUUCGUGCCCCCGGUCAAGAAAGUGGAAGUGAUGGAGGAUGUGCCAGUGGGCUACCAGGUCACCUCCUACACAGCCAAGGACCCUGACAAGGACCAGAGGCAGAAAAUCACGUACCGCAUGGGCAGCGACCCCGCGGGGUGGUUGACCAUUGACCCCGAGAAUGGCAUUGUCACAGCGGCACAGCCACUGGACCGGGAGUCAGCGCAUGCCAUCAACAGCACCUACAAGGCCAUCGUCCUGGCCAUGGACAGCGGGUCACCACAGGAGACUGGCACAGGGACACUGCUCCUCCUCCUCCAGGAUGUGAAUGACAAUGGGCCUGUGCCAGAGCCCCGGAACUUUGACAUCUGCAACCGGCAGCCUGAGGAGCAGAUACUGAACAUCAUUGACAAGGAUCUGCCCCCCAACACCUUUCCUUUCAGGGCAGAGCUGGUCCACGGCUCCAGCAUCAACUGGACUCUCAAGGUGACUCCACCAGACCUGGUGAAGCUGAACAUGAGGAAGGAGCUGGAGCCAGGGGAGUACAGCGUCUUCCUGAAGCUGCUGGACGCCCAGGGCAAGGAUCAGAUCACGCCGGUCAAAGCACAGGUCUGCAGCUGCGAAGGGCCAGCCAAAAACUGCGAGCGCCGAGCAUAUGUCUCCGGGGGCAUGGGUGUCCCCGCCAUCCUGGGCAUCCUGGGGGGCAUCCUGGCGCUGCUCAUCCUGCUGCUGCUGCUGCUACUUUUUGCGAGGAGGAGAAAGGUGGUGAAGGAGCCACUGCUGCCUCCCGAGGAUGAUAUGAGGGACAAUGUCUACCACUACGACGAGGAGGGUGGCGGCGAGGAGGACCAGGACUACGACCUGAGCCAACUGCACCGCGGGUUGGAUGCCCGUCCUGAGGUGAUCCGCAAUGAUGUGGCCCCCCCACUGAUGGCUGCCCCCCAGUACCGGCCCCGGCCUGCCAACCCUGAUGAGAUCGGGAACUUCAUCGAUGAGAACCUGAAGGCGGCCGACACAGACCCCACAGCUCCCCCCUACGACUCGCUGCUGGUGUUCGACUAUGAGGGCAGUGGCUCGGAGGCCACCUCGCUCAGCUCCCUCAACUCUUCCAACUCCGACGAAGACCAGGACUAUGACUACCUCAACGACUGGGGCGGCCGCUUCCGCAAGCUGGCUGAGCUCUACGGCGGUGGGGAGGAGGAAGAUUAGGGACUCCCAGCUGCCCCCGCCUCAUUUCACCCCUCUGGACUCACUUUGGUCUCUGCCCAGGGGUGGCCAAACCCCCCUCCAACACCCGCUCAACCCAGUGCCCGCGUCCCCCUUGCUGAGGGAGGAUCGGUGUCACCGGGGAUGGCGGGGUUUUUGGGGAGUCUGCAUGUUUCCUGGCCCCCUUGGCUCAGUUUGGGCCACUUCCCACCCUGGAGCUGAGGUGCUCCCAGCUGAGGAGGUCAGGAUCAGCUCCUCCCUCACUUUUCUAUGGACAAAAAGGGUUUCUCUGGCAGUCUUCAAAAUACCUCGUGCUCCCAGCCCCACACAGCUGCUCUCCCACCGCGCUCCAAUCAUGAACCCGGCGCUGGAGCAGUGGGGUGAGGUGCUCGAUCGACACAGACCAAAGAUACACCCUCGCAGGGAAUUGUAUUUGCUGGAGUAUGUACAGGCACAUUUCUAUUUUUCCGUAUCCCAGAUUAUGGCUUGAUUUCCUCCUGUAUCAUGCCAGGUGUAAUUAGUGUGCAGUCAAUGAAAGGUGCUUUCGGAAAUCAAAGGGCUUUCCCGAAAUCCUGACCCUUGUGUUUAGCUGUUGUUUGUAUUUUUUUAUCAUGAAAAAAGGGUCUGAUGUGAGCUGGGAAACCAGCCUUGGCCAAGUGUUGAUUGUAUUGUUUUUAUAUAAAAUUGAAAUAAUAAAUUCUUUUAGGAAAA